UGAUUAUUUAUUUUAUUACUUUUUUAAAAACAAUUGUUGACAAUAACAAAGGCCAGUUAACAACCAGCUCAUUGGCAAUGGAUAGUGCCAAAGACUUACCUGGAUAUGGAGACACUUUUUCCUACGAGCGUCCGCCUCCAUACGAUGCUAGUUUUGGUACCACAGAUUUUGGUACCGGGCCGUCAACUUUUGUUUAUGAUCAACCAGAAUCUAGCUUUGAUAAAACUCCAAUUCCAAAUCAAACCCAGCCUUACCAAUCAAAUAAGCAGUUGACAGAUAACCCUAAUAAUGUGCCAAUCAACAAAGUCCCGCUUCAUAUCAGCGAUGAAUUCGGACCUUACAGUCAGAAUGCUGUCUGUCCUCAUUGCAAUCAAUAUGUUGUGACAAAAACGAAACAUAUCCCUGGACUAGUGACAUGGCUUACUUGUUUGGUCUUUUCUUAUUUCGCCUGCUGUUGUUUACCAUUUUGUAUGGACUCAUGUCGUAAUGUUGAUCAUAAAUGUCCAAAUUGUAAGCAAAAGAUUGGUCACUACCAAAGAUACUGCAAGUGACGCAGUGAUGAGUGAUUCAUCAAAUGUAUCAUUAACCGGAAGAUAGAAGUCCCCAGGACUCGCUGAUUUUUCUUAUCAACGAGAUUAGAUGAGAAAAUGACCCUUUAUUUGAACUUCUCUGAUUGUCUGAAGUUCUUACAGAGAAAUUGUUGUAUCAUCAUAAACCGGCUAUGAUUAUACAAAAAUGAUGCUUAGGUUUUGACUUGAAAGGAUGAUUCGCACAAACAUAAAUCCAUUCAUAUUUUGACUGUUUCCUUGUUAGCUUUAAGUGUUCUGAGCAUUGUAAUUGUUGAGAUUCCUGUAAUUUAAUCAUUAAACCGGAAAAAAUGUUUUCCUAAAAACUAA